AUGCCUACAGGAACUCGUGCGGAACCGUCACAUAAUCAAAUGACUUAUGUGAACCAGACUACUGGUGAAAUAGAAAUAUAUGACGCUCGUGCAAGCGCAUCCGACAUGGCUCGCUCCGUGGAUGUCACAGCCCCGAGAGAUAGUGGUGCUAAGCCUGGCUCACACGCUUCGUGCCCUGCAGACAUUACUUCUUGUGGGGAAUGUAGUAAGACUGGAGAUGACAGGCACGGCAUUCCUUCAUGCGAAUCAAGCGAAAAUGCAGGCUGGGGGCACCCAUCUCACGCAACCACACUUCGGAACACGUAUAUGCCCGCGGGGGAGCCUAUCGCAGACCCGUCGUACUCGGUACCGUGGGCUGGUGAGCCAUGCUCGUGGGAGGCUCUGCCCAAGUCUCUCUGGGAUUGGUCCUGGCCUCAAUCCCAGAACGUGACCGGGUCCGAGACUGACAAUUUUUCACAUUCGUCUGUUCCUGCUCCGCAGCCGGGGGAGUGGCCCUUCGGAGGCGAAGCUAGAGAGCAUCGGUAUCCGAGCAGAAGUAGUGUCAUGCCACUUUGGGGAAGGCAUUCACAGGGGUUGUAUCCCCAGGGCCCCUCCUUUGCUCCGCGAGAGCUUACUUCUACAUCCGUUGCACUCGGGCCCUCUUCUAUACCAGCAACUGCGCCAUCAAGAUCCCCAGAAUCCUCUCGCAUGCAGCAGGUCGAGGAAGCUGGCUUAUCGCUCCAAUCUGAGGCUAUAAUGUCAUUUCCUCCUUGUGAUGCAAUGUCGACGGUUUCCGCAAAAUUUCCCAUGAUCGACCCCUACCGCCGCAGCAUGUAUCAACAACCAUCUUUUCCCGUCCCUGUUCGAAACAUCGAGCAGGUACGGCCCGAGUGGCUGCAGUCUCUGAUGGAUUACAGGAGAACUAAAUUCAGCCCGUUUGACAACGUCGGUGGCAACAGCCAGGAAUUAGCCCGUACUGCCCCCGUGCUGGAAGACCAUGCCGAGCAACUUCACUGGACCCAGGCAUACGACUUCAAUACUCAAAGGGAAAAGGAACCAUUUCUGUAG